ACGCCCUGAGAACUGUUUACAAUGUCGUCUAGAAACCUUGUUGACUUAAACACAGCUGACUGUCCCACAAACACACUCAUCCAGGAGAACUUAAGGACGGAGGACACACUUUUGCAUCUUAUUGUUGCUUGAGAACAGGGUCCAAUUGAAGAUGGAAGAAAAACUCUCAGAUGCAAAAUUAAAAUGUAUGCUCGCCCCUUGGAGAUUUUCCUUCAGGGCACCAGGAUUUGAAAACAGGCUGGUGAUGGCUCUACAGCUAUUUGAGCAUUUCCCUUUAGACAUAGCUGUGACCGGAGGAACACCGGAGGCUAAUGCUCAGCUGGCUUCUGCUAUCUGUGGGCCGGGUGAGGAAACCGAAGAGGAGGAAUGGGAAACUGAUGAUGAAGGUGAUGAGGAGGAAGAAACAGAUGAGGAAGAAGAAGCAGAAGACUGGGAGGAAGAUGAAAGUGGAGAUGAGGAACCUAGUAUAAAGUUAAAUACUAAUCGCCAGAGCAGCAGCGGGGGGAAACGUGUACGGAUAGCAGAGCAUGCAGAAUAUAUAGGGAGGAGCAUUCCUGAUUUUGACUCUGUGAUUUUACACAGUCAAAUCCCAAACGUUCGAGUGUGGACUGUGCAAGGCCAUCCAACCUCAAAUUCAAUUAUUAAUAAUCUGACCAACCAGCAGUAUGACUCUACAUGCUAUGAUGUUCUAGUGGUUCUCACUACAGAAAAGCACAAAGAGGACCAAAUGUGGCUCAAAAUGGAAUUGCAUGGUAGAGAUCAGCCUUUUUUUCUGGUUCAAGCUGAGCAGGACUGGGACGUGGUCGAGGAGAAGCCUACAGGGCCGUGCAUGACCUGCGUCUGGGAACGAAUGAGAGCUCGCAAGCUGGAGUUGCAAAAGAAAAGUAAAGAAGUAUUUGGAGAGACGGCCGAUUCAGACGAAGACAGUAAGAAUACUUCAAACGAUUCCCAAGAUCCAGAGUCUGUGAAGAUGAAGGAUAUCGCGAAGGUGCUUGCUGAAGCCCUGCCUGAGCUUCGGAAGAAGGCUUUUAGUCAGUUUCUGGUGGUGAUUACAAAGGAACUUCAGAUUCCCAAAUUUCUGUCCGAUGACACACAGUUUGUGGUCUCUACUGCUUUAAGGUCAAGGAAGAUAAACCAGGAUGAUCUUGAUCAGAUCAUCAAGCUCUCGCAGGUGAGAGAUCUCACAGACAAUCCUUCCAAGCUUCAGGCCAUCCUUGCAGCUCUCAGUCACUUCCGGCUGGAUAUCGGUGUGCUGGGUGAGACGGGCUGUGGCAGCUCCAGCUUGGUCAAUGCCCUCUUGGGCCUGGAGAAUGGUGAUGAUCGAGCUGCCUCAACUGGUGUAACCGAAAUGACCAAAGAGGCUGUGAAGUAUCCCUCCCCCUCCCCCAACAUCUGUUUUUGGGACCUUCCUGGGACUGGAAAAAUAAGUGAUUUUGGCAGCCUGUCCUGCGUGUCCAGCUCUUCUGAAUCUCAACGCAUAACAUCUGCACUCUCUUUGUGUGAUGUAUACAUACUGGUUUCUCCUUUGAGGCUUAGAUUGGGAGCCAUACAGUUGCUGCAGCAAGCAUCCUCCCUAGGGAAAGAAUGUUACCUGGUGCUUUCCAUGGCAGACUUGAUCGAGGAAAAAUCCAUUGUAGAGGUGAGGCAAUGGACUGAAGAAGUCUUGGGUAAACUGGGCCUCCAGCAGAGCAUUUUUCUGGUGUCUGCUCAUCAUCCAGAAACACUGGACUUACCCAAGCUAAAGGAGACGAUGAACGCAGCCUUUCCGAAUCAUAAGAGAGUUGCUUUUGCCAGAUACGCAGCAAAGCAACUGGAUGGAGAUGUUUUCUGGAAAAGAUCAGAUUCUUGCAAAUUUAUGUAAACGAUUAAUAAAGGGUAUAUUCUCAUAUGCAUGUUUUACUAGGGAGGGAUUUCUGUUUGUGUAACUGCUCAUUACUCUCCAAAUAUAUUUUGAACUACUCUAGUCAGAUGAAGUGUAUUAUUAUUAUGUUUAUUAUUUUUGGUCACUUUUAAAAUUUUCAGCCUACCCAUAUGUUCCUGAAUUCUUUUGUUCAGAUUAGUGGUGGGCCGUUAUCGGCGUUAACGUGCUGCGAUAAAAAAAUAUCACCGUUAAUCUAUUCUCAAAGUUGGGUUGGGAGCUGGGUCUAUACUACGCGAUCUAUGAUGACUUUCAUCUAUGUCGAAAGCACAUUAUUGUAGCGCGAAUGUACAUUAAUAUAAUGCACGAGCGCAAAUCUCAGAGAGAGCGUUCCGCACAUUAUAUUCCGCACUCGAGGAGAGAGAUUCGCGCAUUAUAUUAAUGUACUUUCGCGCAACAAUAAUGCGCUCUCGACAUUUGACAGGGAAAUAACGCCAUAAAAUAAUGCCAUAUUUUGGAAACAGGAGAUGAGCCCCUGGUCUAAUGCACCACCUGUCUUGAGAAACCCGUUCUCAAAGACAUACCGUUUCUUUUAGUCAUUAUUUUAUUUGGGUAUCACACAUAUUCUAAACAAUGGAUGAAACGUUUAGAGCCCUACUGAUGAUUAAGUCUAGAGUGUGUCCACUUUGUGUGGGUCCAUGUACAUGCUGAAUCUACAGGUAAAAAAAAAAGCCUCAAGUCCAAAUAUUCAUUUAUCACCAAUUAACUGU